GCGAAAUUUGUUGUCGUUUGCUGCUGCUGCGCUGCUCUGGACAGAUCCUGACGCCAUGGCGGUGUCCUCAGCCAUCCUCAGCAGACGCGUAGCUGGCAGCAGCUGCUGCAGGCUGUGGUGUGGCGUUCCUCGACCGCUCAUCCACAUCAGAUCAGCAAGUGCAGCUGAGUCUGGGGCAAGAAAAUCUGAUGAGGACCAUCAGUGGGAGGCAGCAGGUAGUAUGCCAUUCAGCAGGGCUAGGGUGGGAUCUUUCUUUCAGGACCAGCCAGUCCUGAAGAAUCCAUUCCUGGAGGACGCUUUGCUUAGAGGAUACCUAAAGCGACAUCUGCCACAGGAGUCUAGUUCUCAGGCCAUCUUGUCUGACUUGAAUGCAUUCGGAGAACGUGUGGCAAAGGAAAUAGACAUUCUGGGUAGAGAGUGUGAACUCAAUCCUCCUCGACUUGUGCAUUUUGAUCCUUGGGGUCGGAGAGUAGACCAUAUCGUGACCUCUGCAGCCUGGAAACGCCUCAAAGACCUCUCAGCGCAGGAGGGACUGGUUGCCAUCGGCUACGACAAGUCAUUCAGGGAGUGGAGUCGUGUUUACCAGAUGAGCAAGCUGUACAUUUUCUCCCCCUCAUCUGGUCUCUACACCUGUCCUCUCGCCAUGACAGACGGAGCUGCAAAGGUCAUCCAAUCUGUAGGUGUUUCACCGCCAGUGGAAGAAGCGUUCAGUCGCUUGACCAGCCGCCAGCCUGAGCGUUUCUGGACGUCUGGACAGUGGAUGACUGAGAGACAAGGAGGAUCUGAUGUGGGCACUGGCACAGAAACAGUGGCUGUGCCCCAAACGGACGGGUCCUAUAGACUACAUGGCUUUAAGUGGUUCACUUCAGCCACAGAUGCAGACAUGACUCUCACCUUGGCGAGAGUUCAGGACAGAUCGGGAGCAACAACAAUGGGCAGCAGGGGUUUGUCACUUUUUUACGCGGAGGUGAGUCGAGGAGAAGAUGGCCGACUGAGGGGCAUUGAAGUCCAGAGACUGAAGGACAAGUUGGGAACACGACAGAUGCCGACUGCUGAGCUGCUCCUGGAUGGCCUGCCUGCAUAUAGACUCUCAGAAGAAGGCAGAGGCGUGGCCUCCAUAGCUAAUAUGCUGACAAUAACCAGGAUUCACAACAGUGUCUCUGCAGCUGCUGCUAUGAGAAGAGUGCUCCAGUUGGCCCGUGACUAUGCUACCCGACGUACUGCCUUUGGAAAGCUUCUGAAAGACCACCCGCUGCAUAUGCAGACCCUUGCAAGAAUGGAGGUGGAGACACGUGCAGCUUUCCUUCUGGUGAUGGAAGUGUGUCGUCUGCUGGGUCGAGAGGAGAGCGGCCUGGCCACCCAGCUCGAUGUGCACCUCCUUCGUUUGCUCACUCCUGUGGUUAAACUGUACACCGGAAAACAGGCUGUUACUGUUGUGUCUGAGGGUCUGGAAAGCUUCGGUGGACAGGGAUACAUCGAAGAUACUGGGCUGCCUGGAAUACUCCGUGAUGCACAGGUGUUGAGUAUAUGGGAAGGAACAACAAACGUUCUCUCUCUGGAUGUGCUGCGCUGCGCAGCUCGUAGUUCAGGAAUGGUUCUGCAUGCUUACUUUGAACAUGUCAAGUCACUGCUCACAGGUGCUUCAGGAGUUUCCUCCCUGGCCCCGGCUGUGAAAGCAGUUGCAGGUGCUUUGUCUGAACUGGAGCAGUUUGUCCAGUUAGCAGCUUCCAGAUCACCCAGUUACCUGGAACUGGCAGCCAGAGAUCUGGCAUACAGCCUGGCUCGUAUUUAUGCAGGUGCACUUCUCAUAGACCAUGCAAGCUGGAAAGAGGCCACCCCACAGGACACCUAUGCAGCUCUCAGAUGGUGCGAACAGGAUCUAUGUCUUGUUGCAUCUAAACAGAAGAGAGGCUGCUAUGAUUCCAGCACUUCAUCCCAAGAUGCUUCACUGGUUUAUAUCUGAUUUAUCAGCUGAUUCAAAACUGAGCAGCCUUUGGAUCCUGAUGAACUUCUGCUUUGAUCUGAUGUAAUCCAUAUUAUUGAAUUUGAUUGUUUUCAGAUAAAAGAGCCGAUGUUUCUUCAAUACAGAAAAUCAUGCUUUUUUUAUUAAGGCAAAGGUAUUAUGUUCUAGAUGAGAAACAUUUCUGUUGUUCUUUAAUAAUGCUUGGAUAUUUCCCAUUUAAAUGAUAUGACUUAGAUAGUUACAGGCUUGUCUUUCAUGGUCCUACUCAAUUAACAUUUAUUGAAAAGGCAAAGUUUAGAUAACACAUGCAAUAGAGGAAAGACUGAUUCAGAGAAGGUUCUCUACUUCUGUUUUUUAAAAAAGGAUAUGUUGACUGUUAAUAAAUCAGUUUAUAUUUCUUUAACACUAUCAAAGUAUGUUCUGCUAAAGAGUGAACAUCAAGCAUGUUAUCAGAGAUUACUAAAGUUAAACAAGUUUAUGUUUUGAAUAA